AUGCUUGUAGGUUGGGGAGGCAAUAACGGCUCCACCUUGACAGCUGGAGUUAUCGCCAAUAGAGAAGGAAUCUCAUGGCUGACCAAGGAUGGCAUUCAAGUUGCCAACUACUUCGGCUCAGUUACCCAGGCGUCAACCUGCCGUGUCGGCUCGUACAAGGGCGAGGAGAUCUACGUCCCCUUUAAGAGCCUCCUCCCUAUGGUUGACCCUAAUGAGGUUGUUUUUGGCGGUUGGGACAUUUCAAGCAUGAAUCUGGCUGACGCCAUGGCCAGAGCGAAGGUUCUGGACAUCGAUCUGCAGAAGCAGCUCUACAGCCACAUGAAGGACAUGUCACCCCUGCCUGGGAUCUACGACCCAGAUUUCAUCGCCUCGAAUCAGGAGGCUCGCGCUAACAAUGUCAUCAAGGGUUCAAAGAAGGAGCAGAUGCUGCAGAUCAUUCAGGAUAUCAGGAAGUUCAAGGAGACAAGCGGCGUGGACUCCGUUGUCGUUCUCUGGACGGCCAACACAGAGCGCUACAGCGAUGUGCUCACCGGCCUUAACGACACAAAAGAGAACCUCUUUAACGCGAUCGACCGCAACGAGAGCGAGAUUUCCCCGUCCACGCUGUACGCCGCGGCGUGCAUCCACGAGAAGGUUCCGUUCAUCAACGGCAGCCCGCAGAACACGUUCGUCCCGGGGCUGAUCGAGUACGCGCUGGAGAACAACAGCCUGAUUGGCGGAGACGAUUUCAAAUCUGGGCAGACGAAGAUGAAGUCCGUUCUCGUGGACUUCCUCGUCAGUGCGGGAAUCAAGCCCAUGUCGAUAGUGAGCUACAACCACCUGGGCAACAACGACGGUAUGAACCUGUCGGCGCCGCAGACGUUCCGGUCCAAAGAGAUCUCCAAGAGCAACGUGGUGGACGACAUGGUGGCCUCUAAUUCUAUCAUCUACGAUAAGGGCCAGCACCCCGACCACGUUGUCGUCAUCAAGUACGUGCCAUACGUGGGCGACAGCAAGCGAGCCAUGGACGAGUACACGUCCGAGAUCUUCAUGGGCGGCAAGAACACCAUCGUCAUGCACAACACGUGUGAGGACUCGCUGCUCGCCGCACCGCUCAUCCUCGACCUUGUGCUGCUGGCCGAGCUCUUCACUCGCAUCCAGCUGCGCCGGGAGGAGGAGGAGUUCCACUCGUUCCAUCCGGUCGCGUCUCUGCUCAGCUACCUCUCCAAGGCGCCCCUGGUCCCUUUUGGUACACCUGUCGUCAAUGCAUUGGCCAAGCAACGAGGGAUGCUUGAGAAUGUUCUCCGCGCUGGUGAGGGUGGUGGGGAGGAGGAGGGGCAGGGGCUGUGGCAUGUGGUGCGGGCAUGCGGGGUGGAGUCAGCAGAGGGGCUGAGUGGCGUGGUGGACAAGUGGGGCUGGACCGCCAUGCAUGUGGCUGCUCGGAAUGGUGACUCCCCCGUGGUCAGUCUCACCUGCCUCCCGCCUGCACCCAUGCAGCACAGCCAUGCACCAGCUCUCACCCAUGCAGCACAGCCAUGCACCAGCUCUCACCCAUGCAGCACAGCCAUGCACCAGCUCUCACCCAUGCAGCACAGCCAUGCACCAGCUCUCACCCAUGCAGCACAGCCAUGCACCAGCUCUCACCCAUGCAGCACAGCCAUGCACCAGCUCUCACCCAUGCAGCACAGCCAUGCACCAGCUCUCACCCAUGCAGCACAGCCAUGCACCAGCUCUCACCCAUGCAGCACAGCCAUGCACCAGCUCUCACCCAUGCAGCACAGCCAUGCACCAGCUCUCACCCAUGCAGCACAGCCAUGCACCAGCUCUCACCCAUGCAGCACAGCCAUGCACCAGCUCUCACCCAUGCAGCACAGCCAUGCACCAGCUCUCACCCAUGCAGCACAGCCAUGCACCAGCUCUCACCCAUGCAGCACAGCCAUGCACCAGCUCUCACCCAUGCAGCACAGCCAUGCACCAGCUCUCACCCAUGCAGCACAGCCAUGCACCAGCUCUCACCCAUGCAGCACAGCCAUGCACCAGCUCUCACCCAUGCAGCACAGCCAUGCACCAGCUCUCACCCAUGCAGCACAGCCAUGCACCAGCUCUCACCCAUGCAGCACAGCCAUGCACCAGCUCUCACCCAUGCAGCACAGCCAUGCACCAGCUCUCACCCAUGCAGCACAGCCAUGCACCAGCUCUCACCCAUGCAGCACAGCCAUGCACCAGCUCUCACCCAUGCAGCACAGCCAUGCAGCCCGCUCAACACUCUCUGAACCCACCGUCCAUCACGCGCAUGGACCGCACUCACCCUGCUGCCCGCUUCUCUCCCUCCCCGCCGUUCUCCCAUGCAUGUGCCUGCAGCUGCAGGCGCUGUUGCGCAUGGGCAUGCCAGCGGGGGUGUGCAGCACGCGCAACGCCACCACGCCACUGCACGUGGCGGCGUAUGGCGGCCACGUGGACUGCAUGUGCCUGCUGGCGGCUGUGCGUGCCUGGCGGCUUGCUCAUCUUGUCUCCCCUUUCCCCUCUCAUCUCCACUCUACCCCAUCCCUCUUCCUGCCCUCCUGUCCCCAUCCUUCUCCCUCAGGAGAGCCGUACACCAACUGCACCGCUCUGAACCCAUUUGUGCAGUGGAAUCUGCAGCCGCUGCUACCAGCCACUCCCCCCUCCUUCACCCUCACCUCACCACCCCCACCCGCCUUCACGCCGCCAUACGCCCUCUCGUCCAUCUGCUUGUGGACGUCCCUCUCCGCCAUCGCACCUGGUCGCACACAAGCAACAGCCCUCCUGCCACUGCCGCCACACACAAAGCCUGCUGAUGCAGAUGCUGGCAGUGGAGGCGAGAAGGCAGUGGGGGGCGCAGUUGGUUCAAGUCAGGGCGUGCAGGGGGAGUGGGCAGUGGCGGGGUAUGAGGCGAUGCGUGUGGUGCAGGUGGGGGGUGGGUGGCGCCAGGGCAGCUAUGGCCUGCCCUCCUCCCUCGCUGCCUCUGCUGCACCUGCUGUGUCUGGAAGGCAAGGUGACUUGUCUGGAAACCUUUGUUGCACUUCUUUGUAG